AUGUUGCCCCUACAGUUCCUCAGCUUGUUUUUAAUAUCUGUUUUCGCCGACUAUGAAGAAAAAAAGAAGAAGAAAGUGAUUAUAUAUGACACGUCAGUGUUUAAAAGAGGAGAUUUGCUUGAGGUCCCCCGAACCCUCUUCACACAUUUUGGAAUCUAUCUGGGGAACAACCGUGUUGCUCACUUCAUCCCUGAUAUCUUGCCGGUAUUUAUUACGGACAAGAAGGCCCUUGAGAAAAUGGUGACUAACAACCGUCUGAUUUUGGGUGUGCUAACAAAACAAGCAAGUAUACGAGUGGACUCAGUGGAGGACUUUGCAUAUGGAGCAGAGAUUCUGGUCAAUAACAUGGAUAAGGUGUGCAGUCGGCCACCGCUCAACGGUGAUGAAGUGGCUAGGCGAGCGGAGAAGCUCUUGGGCUCUGUGAAUUACUACAGUCUGCUGUGGUACAACUGUGAACAUUAUGUCAUGUACUGCAGAUAUGGCACCAGCAUGAGUUUUCAGACCUACCAGUUCUGCAAAGCAGUGCGCAAGAUUGUAUGCAGCAAGACCUGUUCUCUACUAAGCCUACUGCUGUGCUUGUUCAUGAUAUUUUAUUUGGAAGCUCUGCCCAUCUUUGGAAUUUUACCUACGGUUAUCAUCCCCUUCACUAUUUGGAUGGCAUCCUGAAUC